GUCCUGUUCGAGCUGAGAAACACCGUGACUUUCUCCUCAUUCCAGCUCACACCUGCAGCCACUUCCUUCGAAUCAUCGUCAUUCCCUUCACUAGAGAGACAGUUGGUCCAGGUCUCUCCCUCCCCCCCCGGUCUCAGCUCUGCAGUUAUCAUCCCACAUUCGUUUAUUUCCUUUUCUUUUGGGCUACUGCGCCUCUCCGAUCUUUUUCCCUUCCCCAGCCUUCUGAUUGUGAUCUAUCAAUCCCCGAGCUCACCUUGUAAAUCCUCCGUCUUUAUCUGCCUCUCUUCCUCCCACAUUUGGUCUUUCUUUUUCCCUCUCUUCGCACUGGAUCCUGCAUCUUAAGUUACUAGUAUUAAUUACCGACACACUUAUUUCCACUGAUUCCUCAUACAACAACGCCGACCGUCGCCUACCUGCCCAACCGUGACCCCAGCUCGGUAUCUCCGGAACACCCCUAAACCACCUCACCUCCGCUGUCGCUUUGGGGUUCUGCAAGUUCGCAUCUCAGCAUGCUUGCUUAUCAGCGGUACACACUCUUUCACAUUUCUAAAUCAGCUAUUCCACCGCCGGCUCCCACAUCGCAUUUCUUGACUCCGUCCUUAUCCGACCAACAUCUGUGAGCUGUUCCGGUGGCCGUUCUCCUCCGACAUGGCCACCAGCCGCAGCAAUCCUAUACCUCCACCUAUCUCCCUCCCGGCAGCGAACGUCGCUUCUCAUGCCGUACCGCCAACUCCAUCGCCGAGUCGACCAACAAUCCCCAACUACCAGUCUCUCGAUCCGUUACUCGCAAACUUGUCCCCCGAAUCUACUCUCGAAGCGCUUACCUCAACGGACGCAGUGCCCAAGAACGAACCCGCAUACGAUAUCCUUUCCAAGAGCAUAUCCCAAGUCUCGGAGGCGGAGAGAGCUCUCGGAAUCCGCGCGGCUGUUGCGGCACAGAAUCUAAGCCUAUGGUAUAAAGAGGUGCAAACGUGGGAAUGGCCGAAACGCACGGAUGCCCAACUGGGCCAAGGAUUUAUUCCGCCUUCUACCACGACAUCCAAUGCUUCAGAGCCAGAAUAUUUGGGCAGCCUUCCUGCAGAAGUUGUAGCUGAACACGAGAAACGAAUCGAGGAGAUUCGUGAUGGCAUGGAAAGUCUAGGUGUCGACGAAUUGAAAGAACAUGUUCUGAAUGCUCAUAUUCCUUCCCGGUCUCGGCCAUCGUCAUCCAAUAGCAAUCUUUCCGGACCCCCUUCGUUCAGCUAUGUGCAAUUAAGUGAUUUCACCGCUAUUAUCACCGCCACCAUCUUGCGCGCUCUCCCACUUCUCUCCCGCCUGAACAGCCUCCUUUCCACGUGGGAUGUUCGGCUACUAGUCCUCCGCCAGGUACCGGGACUAUUGUGGAGCCUACGUCUAGCCCAGUCUGAAUUGAAUUUGGCCUUGGACUUGUUGAAGUCCUCCGUGCCCCCCAACGAGCAGGAUGCCUUGUAUUCCCUAUCAAAUUAUCAUGCCAAACGCGCUACGCUGGAGGUGACGGUUCUUUCGACGGGGCGACGAAUGGAUCGUAUGCUUGAUGCGCUAGAGGGCCGGGAAGACUCGUUGCCGGAGAAUUGGAUUGAUGAUCUAGAAGCUAUCGAAUCUGGUUUUGGUAACUGGGUUAUGGACGCCGAGAAACAGACAGUUGAGAAUGAAUGGCGGCGCAUGAUAGCCAAUAAACAGCAAAGCAAAGACCACCCACAAGUGCCGAAUCAGCCAACCCCUGUAUCGGAUGAACAUAGAACUCUCGAAGACUUUACCACCCACACCCCCGAGCCUUUCCCCCAAGCUGUACGCCCACCUUUGAUGGAAACUAUCGCUGAGGAACCCGGAAGCCCGACUGAGGACCAGAAAUCUUUUGAGAACAUGCUUGGACAACCCGUCGUGACCUCUCAAAGAACCGAACAAGCUCCCACUCGUGGUUCUGAUACAUCGUCCUCUCUUGAUGGCACAGAAGUGGCCAGCGAUAGCUCCGAAGCCAGCCAAACCCCGCAAGAGGCCAAUACUGUACUUGAACCGCCCGCGACCCCGGAGAGAAGUACUGCGAACACUGUGGUAUUCGAUGCAUCGCCUUCUAGCGGGAAAGAAAAUGCAAAUGCCCACCUGCUCCCUGCUCAGAAACCCUCAUUAGAGUCUGUGUGCACUGACGCAGCUAAGGACGUACCUUCCUCUGAUCUUAACCGGGAAGAAGUAGCGUUGCCAGACGAUAGCUUGCCGAGAAAGACGGAGCCUAUGUGUGGACUCCAAAAAGCGAUAGAAGAUCCGUUUAUUGCCCAAUAUGAGGAAAUGGGACAGUUAGAACAGCCAACCCAGGCAAGAGACUGUCCCGGGGAUGCCACCUCUCCUGAAGCAGAUAGUUCCCCAGCUAGUCCAAGCUCGCAAGCAGAAACCGGGAGUGUCAUAAUACAGAGACCCAAGGGUGCUGUAAACUCGCCCAAACCGGAAGAAACGGUAGAGCCGCAUGGGGACGAAACAUCGACAGUCUCAACUACCCCGGAAUCCAAGAUUGAGGUCUCUGAUCAACUACGGCCUGCCUCAACUGAAGAAGCGACAACUUUACCUAGCGUCACUGUGGAACCCGCCCCCACCGAUAUUGCUGCUUCGAUAUUGGUUAAUCGAGAUAGCUCACUUUCUCCUCAAACCAGCAGGCCUUCGUCACCGGUGUCUUCUCGGCCUCCUCCCUCGAUGACAAAUGACAAAGAUACUGCAGCUCCAUCUCCAAGGCAGCCUUUGGAUAGCCCCAUCAAGCUUUCUAAAACCAGACCAGGACGUUUGGAUUCGGAGCAAACCACCGUCUCUCAUGGUCGACGAGUAUCGGGCGCCUCCACAGAUUCUUCUGAUUAUCCAUCACUCGUAUCCAGCCCGGACAUCCGAGGAUUGCAUACCGUUUCGUCGAACGGAACACCUAAGCUUAUUGAGACUCCUCCGUUAUUCCAGACAGACCAUCGGCAGUCUGGCCCCAUACCGACUAAUAGCGAACAUACAUUGCGAGAAGACCGCUUGCUUCGCUUAGACAGCGAAAAGUCUCCGCCCACGUCUUUGAAACACAACCGGGCUCUUAGCCUUCCACUGCAACGAUUUAUCAAUGAACGAUUGGAUAUGGACUACGAGGAUGAACCAAACACCGAUCUGACCAUUCCGACCAUUGUCAAGAAAGUUACGGACUCUCCCGUAAGAUCAAGUUCCCAUAAUGAUCGCCUGUGCCCACAGUCACAUUCGAGCAAACACCGUCCCUCCACCUCAUCCACCGGUAUUCGCCGUGCUGUUGGCCGGCGUUCUGAGCUUUCUCGGGAAGACCACACAUCUUCAGGGCCCGAUAGCGUGACACAGAGACAGCCCAAGGCUUGGGAGCGCAACAUGAAUACCUCCGUCAAAAAUCCGGCACAUAAAGCUCCGCUCUCCCAACCACCCGUCCUUUCAACAGCCACCCGUGCCAGGAAGCAGCUGACUGCGCACCCUAGCCUCGAAAGCAUUGGGGUAUAUAAGUCCACGCCUCGUGUAUCCGGAGAGACAUUGACCGGCACAGUGAAUGAGAAGACGGGCUCCCGGCCGUCGACUCCGGGUAGCCAGAUAAGAAGACCAAGGGAUCAUUUAGACGAGAAAAUAAGCUCUAUUCUUGAUACGCUCCCAACGCGUAUCCAUUUUGAAGACCGUGAAGCUGAUGCAUCAUCUGCGAUAUCAUCUUUGCCAUUGAACGCUAGGGAGCGGUUCCGCUCUAUAUCCCCGCAAGGGUCAGUGUCACGCAGCGGCACGCCCACCCCAUCGUUUACCCUCACCCCUGCUGUUUCUCGUAGGAGAUAUUCACAUGCUCCAGAGGAAAGCUCCGUGAAACUAUACCAUCUGCACCAAGGUGGUAAAACCGUUCCCACCAAGCUUUUCGUCCGUUCAGUGGGAGAAAAUGGUGAGCGCGUGAUGGUACGUGUUGGUGGUGGUUGGGCAGAUUUGGCCGAAUAUCUGAGGGAGUUUGCUAUCCAUCAUGGCCGACGACACGUUUCAGACACGCCUCGCGUCGAAGUUCAAGGAAUAUCAUCUCGUGAAUCGACGCCAACUUACACGCCACCGGGGAGCAGGCUUCCUAGGUCCGGCAAUGGACGAUGCACGCCGUCCCGACCCCAUUCUGUUAUCAGUAAUCGACCAUCGUCCUCACUGGCUGUCCGCAAAACGAGGCGGGCUUCGAAUGUGUCCGAUAUGACCGAUCUCAGAGCAGCAAGCACAGGCGAGACACUGAACUUAUCAUCUUCCCCCAUGUCAACCGUCUCCUCGCGCAGACGGCUCUCAACUUCUUCUAAUACCUCUUUCGGUGCGGUUUCAACCAUGAGUGACGCUCGAUAUGGAUCUAUUCCUCUUGGUUUGGCGGGGCCUAAACCACGAUCUAGGUAUGCGCCUAUGAGCGCAGAAAGUGAAGCGUGGGUGGAAGAUGUCCUUGGUCAAGCACGGAGAAGCUCGUCUCUACGACCUUUCACAUUUGGGCUAUCCCCUCCCGAGAAUGAUCAUACUCCUGGUAAAAUUCCCACUUUACUUAAAUCUAGAAGCAUCAGUGAUAUUGGGAAAGUCGGCUCCAGCAAGCGAGUUGUCCUCCGCGGGCUUGGCAACCGGUAAUCUGGAUCCAUCGAUGCAUUGCCCUCUUUUGAUUAUUACCUCACCUCCCAGCAUAUGUCCCCUCUCUAACAUCUUCCUUCUUAUUUACUUUGGUCCACUAGCACUGGCGUUUGCCGUUUAUGCGGGUUUGUUUUCAUCAGAGGACGGUUCUAAGAAAAGUAUCGGGCAUUUUGCAUUGUCGGUGUUUUUUCUUUCUUUUCUUUCUUUUCUAUUUUUUCCGGCAUUUGAAAAGGGGUUCUGUUUGAAUUUGGUUUCCUCUUCCCUGCUCCUCUUCAUCCUUUUUGACAGACAUCUAGAUGGUAUCAUUCAUCUCUGGCAUUUUUUGCAUUCAAGCAAGCGUUUCGGCUUCUGUUUGUGUUUUCUGUCGUCUGUUCAUUGCUUUACAAUUCUUUUGCACAUAUUUAGAUACCCUCAUAUACGGUGCCUACCUUCUUCUAUGGCUGCUUUUCAUGUUUAUAUUUUAGAAGAAGAAUACAUUGGGGAUUCAAGAAUUUGUUAGACA